AUGUAUAAGUUCGUUCGUUCCCGAACAGGAGUCCAACAAGGCGACCCUCUUGGACCAUUACUAUUCGCCUUAGCAAUCGACGAGGCUGUACGAUCAAUCCUUUCACCAUUCAAUUUAUGGUACCUGGACGACGCCACCAUUGGCGGCUCUGUGGAAUCCAUCACCGAGGACCUAUCCCGCCUAAUCCCUUCUCUGCGCAACCUUGGCCUGGAAGUUAACGUGGAUAUAUCGGAAAUCCUAAACCUCAACUACCAUGAGGCGGAUUUUCCGAAUGUCAACAUGUUAAUCCAAGGCUUCAUCACUGGUGCACAAACAACCCAGCCAUCAGAAGCAAUUUUUCUUGGAUGCCCUCUAAGCCCAUCUGGCCUAAAGGCCCAUCUGGCGAAGAAGGACAUGGAAUUCCGUAAUCUCACAAGCAGUCUCUUGGAGUUAGACUCGCACAUCGCUCUCUUCUCAUGGAAAAACAGUAUAUACAUGCCGAAACUUCUUUACACGCUCCGCUGCCUGCCAUGCUACUCGCAUCCAGACAUUCUGACUUACCUGGAAAAAUCACUGAAAUCCUGCACGGAAGCAGUUCUGAACAUUUGCUUUGACGAAAUCGGUUGGACACAAGCGAAACUUCCCGUCAGGUUCGGAGGGAUCGGUCUUCGCUCGCCUAAAGAUCUGGCCCCACAUGCACACUUCUCUUCAAUUUCCAGAAGCCGGCAACUUGUCAGUGAGGUUCUACUCCCCUUCAACGAACUCUCUCUGGAGUUGCCGACUGCUGACUUCCUGGAAUUCUGGACCAAUUCCAACCUUCAGAUCCCUUCUGAGAUGUCCAGACAGAGGGAUUGGGACGAGAUCUGGGCAGCACACUCGUUCUCCACGCUUCAACCGGCCUUGGACCAACACCGCCAAGCCUGCCUGCUUUCUGCAGCACACGAGCAUAGUGGAUCCUGGCUCGACGCUUACCCAACGUCAUCGACGGGAUCCCUAUUAGACAACGAAACACUGCGUAUCGGGGUCGCUCUUCGGCUGGGGCUUGAUGUCUGCGCCCCUCAUCCCUGUCGAUGCGGAGGUACGGUGGACGUGAAAGGCCUUCACCCCCUCUCCUGCCGCCGGAGCGCAGGCCGCUCGCCUCGCCAUGGAGCAAUCAACGACGUAAUAUCAAGAGCUCUCAACGCUGCUGGCUUCCCCAACGUGUUUGAACCAGCCGGAUUGGACAGAGGGGACGGCAAACUCCCGGACGGGAUGACCACCCUCCCAUUCCGGAAUGGCAAUUGCCUGAUCUGGGACGCCACGUGCGCAGACACGUGGUCCCCAUCCGCUCUAAUGUUCUCUCUUCUUCCGGCUCGGCCGCGGCCCUGGCGGAAGCCCGCAAAGUAG